CCGCUAUUGAUGAACAAGUUCACGGGUGCCGAAAGUGCGCGGCUGCUGUCGGUGCUCACGGAGGCCGUGGAGAAGCUCACGUUGCUGUCCCACCUCCCUUAUAUUAACGACUCCGACGAUACCCGGGCGGAUGUGGCGUUGGCCCAGUCCGCCCUUCUCCACGCCUUCCCGCCUCCGUCCAGCGCCAGUGGCCUGUACGACCAGCAGCAGCCUUCGGCCACAACAGUCCUCAGUCAACUCUUUGCACAAGAAGACGUGUUACUACAAGCGACCGAUGGUGGCAAGUUGGACCUCAUGCACGACGGGGGAGGAGACGGUGGUUCUGUGGCGUUUCGAGAGGCCAUGGCGUUAGCCAGAUCGUUCUGUCGGGUGGUUCGGCACGACGCGUCUGCCCACGCUGUGCUUACGACGGUGGAUAGCCAUCGCGGAAGUAGUGGGGGCCCAGCUCAGUCUCGAAACACUUCUUCCUCCCCAAACCACACUGGCCACAUCAUUCACACACACAAGAGCACAUCGACCAACCAUCAUCGAUCCGGACUCGUAGCCCUCAGCGGGUACGUGGCGGCGGUGCGCGACCAGGCGGCGGGGACGCUGUCCACGAGCGUGGAGCAGGACGAAGCCACUCGACAGAUGAUGGGCGACAUGGAAACCCGCAUUCGGGAAGCCGAGAACGACUAUAAGCAAAUGACCGUCGAUGUCCGCGCCCAGCGAGAGAUGCGCGACGUCGAUGUCCGCCGGAAUGCCCACAAGAUUCAUGCAUUAACCAACGAACUGCACGACAUUGAACAAGGCGCAGACCAAGCAGCGACGUUGAUCGACCAGGAUGCCAAGCAAGCCGAGUUUUCGCUUUUAAAUGGCUACGAAGGCAACGUACGAUAUACUAUUCGAAUAAUCGGCGAAAAGGACCGAUGGCGGCUUGUCUUGAUUCGUGGAUUGCAUGCAGGUUACCCAAUGCCGCGACGAGUCGGACUUGUUGAGUGUCCGAUGCACCAAGAGCAAGGACGAACACCACGUGCAAGAAGAUGGCCACCGGAAGCGCAAGUUGAAAGCAGCGGUGGAAGUGAGCAACCAGAUCGAACAGUACGACCACGUGCUCGGUGCGUUGCAAGCUCAAAUCGAUGCGGCCAGGGCGGCGAUGGCGACCGAAGUGGCUGAAGUCUCCCGUCUGUCGGCGGUAUUUCAUCGGUUGGAUGAAAACUACCGGCUCGCGGCGGCCGACCACGCCAGGUGGGACGCUGAAGAGAAAGAGCGACUGGCCAAGGAAGCCGCGUUUGUCAAAAUGGUCGCUCGGAUCCAAGCGUCGUACCGAGGGUACAUGGCUCGCAAAGCGUUACGAGAACGCAAAAAGAAGGGCACCAAAAAAAAGGGCACAAAAAAAAAGGCGGUCACAAAAAAAAAGAAAACCAAGGCCUAAUAAAACGUUAACGUUACCGGUACAGUACGUUGGCCAAAUUGACAGUGAACUUGACUGUGAAUAUAUUAAUACCG